AUGAACUUACCAGCUUUAGACACAAGUCUCUCAUCUCCCGAGCUGCGGCAUAUCGGAGAGGUUUACGACAGUAUGACAAGAAUGGUGGAAACAGCCUCAGACCUGGUUACAGGCCAAUGUCCUCCUGUGAUGGCUGGGAAUGAUACCAUAGAUCCUGCGGUGCUCCGUCUUAAUAUGAGCACCACUCACCACGAUUUAGAACAAACGGCCACGCACUUUCAGUCCCGGUUACAUCAAUCUCCAGGGUCUAGAACGCGCCUUAGAUGCCAUGAGAGAUCGCGAUCCAAAGCUAUAUCUCGUGUCCCCAGAGCAGAUACUAGACGUAAGAGAAUGAGGCGCAUCUCACCGUCCUCUGCAUCGGGGGACGACGCCAGUCUGCGACACGACUUCACGCAGAGCCUGGAGGGCGAAGAUGAAAACAAAGUGGAAUUUCUGUGCGACCUGUACCGGUCUGUGGCCAGUCCGGACUCAAUGUCUCAACUGAAAGACGUGGUUUCGGCAAUGCGUAGAUCAGAUGAGUGGACUCUGUGCCAUGACAUUUCCACCGUCGUCAACACCGUCAAGGCACUGGACAAGUUGGACACCUUACAGCAGUCCAUUGCCUUCGUGCGCCGAAUUUUGCUUUUACACAUCGUCGAUCAUCGUAAAGACCUGCUAGAAGAGCUGAAAAAUUCGCAACAAGACGUCGCGAGCAAUCGUCGGCUCUGGUUAGGAGGUAAAGUGGAAAGCAUUGUGCUGGACAAGCUCGUACAGCAAGCUUAUCCACAUACUGUCGGGAAUCCCGACGAGGACGAUAUUCAGAAAUGGCGCGAGAAAUAUGAGGCAGAAAGAAAGCGUUUGAAAAACCGCCUUUCAGCGGCUAGAAACUGGCGACAUGCAGUUGACCUAUUCGGACUCGGUAUCAUCGCCCUGGUUCCCAGUGGAGGAGACUUUCACAUACAAAAUCAAAGGUUCGAGACCCUUCGCCAGAAGUCAUGCGAGGUCUUGCUGACUUUCCUGGGAAAGAAGGGAAAUGGGUACGUACGUCAAGCCGCAGCACGACUCACACCGUUUGUGCAAGCUGUGUAUGAUGGCAAAGUCUAUGUGCCGAAAUUGGCAGUCGAAUUUUGCGGCGAUUUCAACGGGGGAACCAUGGACCCAUCGAAAGUGGUGGAACUGUGCGAAGAAUUGCCAGACAAUGGAGAGGACAGUGACUCGUUGGACAGAGAAUAA